UUUGGAAAAUUUUCCGAGGGACAGAAUUAAUUAUUGUGGGUGUACAUACUUUUAAAAAUUUCUAUUAUCUGCAGAACUGAAAUUUAUCUUUUAUAGAAACACAGUAAUCAUUAAUGACCAGUAAUUAAUUUACAAUGUUUAAAUAGACUGUAACGAAGUAAUUUUAACGGUUACUCUUUAAAUUCAACGUAAAUUGUACGAAAUAUUCUAUUUCCUCGUUAUAUUUCACGAUCGCCGUCCUGCGACAUAUGUAUGAAGGCCAUUCGAUAAGUAAGAUAAAUUUCCGCGAAAUAUAGCGCUACAAUAAAUUGUGCAGUAUACGUAUAACCAGGAAUUAAGUAACACUUUUAAACUGCCUCAUACUAAAUUUCAGCCAAAAGCGACGUUUUAUUCAUGUGUGACAGACGUUGGAAGUAGUCAUUUCAGCAGUUGUCGUAAAAAUGGAAAAAAGAUGAAUUCCGUUCGAUAAUUAACCAUCUUUAACGCUGAUGCAGCGUUCCCAUGACCUUUGUCCAUUUCGACUUUGAUUUGCGCAUCCGUUCUCUUCUUUAAAUAAGUUUAUUAUCAUCUAAGUUUAUAUCUUCUAAAUUUAUGUUAACAAUUUUUACUUUUGGUUUUGAUUGAGUCGACUCGAGCACUUUAUAAUGCUCUCCCAGCUUAGCUUGUAUUGUCUCUUUCAAUUUUUUCACCUCUUCUCCAGUUUCACAACCCAUAAUUACUACUCCUUUUCUUUUUUUCUUUAAUUUCGUUACUCCCAUUGUCAUAUUUUUUAUAUCUACCUUCUCUUUUAUUACCUUCUCUUUUUUUUUUGAGAGAGAGAGAGAGAGACUGGAUGCAUAGCUUACACAUGUUUAAAUCUUUCCGCAUUUUUUGAGUGGGCGACAUUGAAUUGAUCCUUGAGACAGAGUUUUUUAAAGAAGACUGGUUCCUGUCGGUGACGUUUCGGUGACGCAAUCAAAACAUGAAAGCGGCAGCUAUGCAAUAAUAGUAAACAUAUCAAGCAUUUUUGGAAUAGUCUUGUUGAAUAAUUAUCAACACUUGGGAAACAAGGAUACCUAUAAAAGAUAAGAGAACCAUAAGAUUUAAAUUGUUAAUUACUCGGCUUCUCUACUGAUUAGGCGAUGCUAAUUCGGUUCAUGAUGUAAGAAUAUUAUCGUGAUUAAAAUAUCGAGAAAAGAAUAGAAUUGCACUAUGAACGUUUUCUUGUGUACAUCCAAGCUUUGUGCAUAUGAUGCUAGAAAUCGAAUUCUGGAUCCGAAAAAAAAUUACUGAAACUCGAUUCGUGAACACAAGCAACUCGGAUGAAAAUUUCGUAAUAUAGAAACCUCGUAUAGAAAAAUGCAUCCUGUCCCAUUUUUCUGCACUAGAUUCAAUUUAUACUGCUAAUAUUAAUUUCUUAUAAAUAGUAGAUGAAUGUUGGUUAAUGUAACGUUGAACAUCGGAAAUUAUAAUUUUCACAACCUUUAAUAAAUAAAAAUCAUAAUAUUUUAAUAUUAUUAUUUAGUAUAUAUUUUAAUAUUAUAAAUUUAGUAGCUAACUUCAGAUAUUCGAGUAUAAUGCUAUCUAGAGUCAUCAAAAUACAACCAUUUCUAUUUGAGAACUUCAAUCGGGAAGUUAUACAAAGUUAGACAUUCGAGGCCGGCUCAGCGCGUAUCUUUAUGAUCGAAACCGACAUCAACGGACGACUCAAGGCUUCGCCGAAUACAAAUUGACGAAAUAAACGCUUAUGCAACGUUCCCAUGAACUUUGUCCAUUUCGACUUUGAUUUGCGUAGCCUUUCACUUCUUUAAAUAAAAAUGUUUCAUUAUCAUCUGGAAUUUGUCUUGUUUUAUUUUUAUAACAACUUUGAUUACUUCCAACGUCUGCCACACGUAAACAAAGUGUUGCUUUUGGCUGAAAUUUGGUAUGAGACAGUUUGAAGAGUGUUACUUCUUGACUAUAAACUACACAGUUUAUUGUGGUGCCAUUUCGUGGAAAUUUAUCUUACUUAUCGAACGAUUCUCGUAUAUAGAUAUAUAUAAAAAACCGGUCUAUCCAUUGCCUCACUAUUUUAAACGUUCUGCUAUUUUAAACCUCUAUAUAAAAAAGUUUUAGUUCUCGUCUGCUUUGCCACUUGAUAUUUACCUUAAUUCUUGUGGUUCAUUAAAAAUUAAACAAGGUCAAAUACACACGCUUGUCAGCGCUAAAGUGAAUGUAAUCUAUGUGUGAUCAACCUUAUAACACGAUGCUGAAAAAUAUAAAAGAGAGAGAAUCUAAACGGGCGCUUCAUUCACUCUACGAACGUACAUCAGAGUAAAAGUAAAAGGAAAUUUUCACAAGGAGGGCUUUGUUAAUAGAAGUUUAAUUGUGGUUCGCGUGAAAUACGCAGUUUACUCGUCAAGAUUAUUUUGAUCUUUUCUUGUAGUUUUUGAGCAAUCUUACAAGAAAAUGUUUGGUACGCUCUUUAUUUUUGCCGUCCUGACAGUGAAUGUUGCAACCGCAUUACCUUCUUAUAUUCAUGUAUGUGGCAUCAAAGAUCCUAACUAUGAUCAAUGCAUCAUGGAGAAUCUGAACAAUGUGAAGGAUAAAAUUUGUAAAGGGCUUUCGGAAUUUAAUGUUCCUCCGAGCGAACCAUUAAAUAUUAAGAAAGUAGUUGUCUAUAAUACAAAUCAGCUUAAUCUUUACCUUAAAGAUUUAGCAAUAACGAAUUUAUGUGAUUACGUGGUAAACUCGGUCAAUGUAGAUUCUGACCGACUCCACUUUAGUUUCGAUAUCACAUUCAAGAAUUUGACUAUAGAUGCUUUGUAUAACUUUGACAUACAAAUUUUGGUGUGUCUUGUUCAUGAGGGACCAGUUCAAAUUCAGGCUAAUUCGUCAAUAAAAAUAGACAUGGACGCAAAAGUAGCAACCAAGGACGGUAAAAAGGAAAUAUAUGCUGCGAAAAUAAAAUCGAACCUCUAUAUGUUAGAGUUUGAAUAUGAGUUUCUUGAAAAGGGAGAGGAAUUAGAUCAAUUUCAUCAAGCUAUUAGAAGUGCCGUAGAUGGCAAUAAAAAAGAUGUUCGUAUUGCUAUUAAGCCAGUAAUUGAAAAUAGUAUUUCCCAAUUAAUCAUCUAAAUUUUUAACGGGAUUACACGUUCCAAUUACGAGAAACUGUUUCCUGAAUAAGCAUUCAGGAUACUUUAUUCAUA